AUGGCCGACCAGGAGGGACUGGAAGAUGAUCUCUUCGCUGAUCUUUACGACGCAGACGAAUCGGCACCUCACGCUACUUCCGCAGUAGAGGCACCCAAGCCCACCGAACCCACCCCGGCAAUCCCUGCACAGCCUGUCGUGGAGUCAACCCCGCAGAGUUAUGAUCAUUCGCCUGUAGUAGACACAUACGCGACACAGUCUCAACCUCAACAGAGCCAGCAGAACUAUGGUGGAGAUUAUCACCAAAAUGGCUCUGAGGGUGCUUACGCCGCCCCCGCAGCUCCCGCCCCCGUCGAGCAUGAGUCUCACGGUACUGGAAUUAAGGAAGAUGGGAAAAUGUUUAUUGGUGGUUUGAACUGGGAGACUACAGAUCAAUCUCUGCGGGACUAUUUCUCGCAAUUUGGAGAAGUUCAAGAGUGCACUGUAAUGCGGGAUAGCGCUACGGGUCGCUCUCGUGGCUUCGGCUUCUUGACUUUCCGUGACCCUAAGACUGUGAACACCGUCAUGGUGAAGGAGCAUUACCUGGAUGGCAAGAUUAUUGACCCCAAGCGCGCAAUUCCACGUGAUGAACAAGAAAAGACAAGCAAGAUCUUUGUUGGUGGUGUUAGCCAAGAUGCGACCGACCAGGACUUUAAGCAGUUCUUCAUGCAAUUCGGCCGUGUCGUGGAUGCGACUCUCAUGAUCGACAAGGACACCGGUCGUCCCCGUGGCUUCGGCUUUGUGACAUUUGACAGCGAGACCGCCGUGGACAACGCCCUUUCCCGACCUCUGGAAAUCCUGGGCAAGCCCAUCGAAGUGAAGAAAGCCCAGCCCCGCGGAAACCUCCGCGAUGAGGACCGAGGAGGUCGCCGAGGCGGCCGUGAGGGAGGAGGAUAUCGAGACAUGAACCACGGAAGUGACAACGCUCCCCAGCAGGGUGGCGGCGGCGGUGGUGGUCAGCAGCAAGGCAUGGCCGGUGGCAUGACUCCCCAGAUGAUGGCACAAUAUUGGCAACGCAUGCAGCAAUACUUCGCCAUGAUGCAGCAGCAGAUGGCCAUGGCAGGCCAGGGUCAGCCCCAGGGAAUGCCCGGCAUGGCCAUGGGCGGCAUGAACCCAGCCAUGCUCCAGCAAAUGCAGCAGAUGCAACAGAUGCAGCAGAUGAAGGGUAUGGGCGGUAACCCUCAGCAGCCACAGGGCAGCAUGAGCCCCAUCCCCAACCCCCAGAGCCCUGGACCCUCCCAGACUCCUAUGCCCAACAUGAUGAACCCCGCCAUGAUGCAACAGAUGCAGAACCAGGGCCAACAAGCUCCCCAGCCUGCUGGUGCCGGUGGCAACGGUGGUGGUAACGGAGGCGCUAACUCCGACCCCAACGCUGCGUACAACCGCCAGCCUGGUGGACCAGGUUACAACGCCCAGGAGCAGAUCGCUUUUGAACAGCAAAAGUAUGAGCAACAACAGAAUGUUCGUCGUCAAAUGGAUAACCGUGCUUUCUCCCCUUACCAGCAGGGUGGCCCGACUUCUUGGGAGGGCAUGUACGACGAAGUACCCCAGCCCAACAUGCCCGGUGGACCUCAAGACGGAUCCGGCUCCCAACUCCAAAGCGCCGCCCCCGCCAACGCCCCCACAGGACCACGAAACGCCGGCAAGCCCGGCGCAAACUACCGUGGUGGUGGCCGAGGAGGUCAAGGACACCGCGGCUUCCACCCAUACUCCCGCUGA